AAAAGCUUAUCUAAUAGUUAUCACCAGUUUUGUUUCCACGUCUAUUGGUUUUCGGAAUAGCGCAUCCGCUUGCUUGCUUUUGCUUUAAACUUUCUUCUUCCUGACAUAACAAAGACAUUAUCGCAUAGAUUCAACUGUCGCCCACUCGCCCAGUUUGCUCGAAGGUUGCCGAACGACUUACAUAUAAAAUUUGCUGCAUGUUGUCCCUCCGCCACAGUAAAUGCGGUACCAGUAAUUGGAGCAGCGUCCUGACGCGCCUCUCUGUUGUAGUGCACUUCCUCUCAUUACACCCUUACCUUCACAUCGUGACGUUCAUAAAUACGAAACGUCAAGGGAGCCGUAAUCUCAAAAGUUCGAAAUUUGUCACAAAACAAGAAAAAUGAUUCUGUAGAACAGAAGAAAGGCCUGAGACUUUUGCAAAAUCGUCGUAUUGUCUAGAAGAGUAAAUAUAGAAGUGAAUGAUGUCUGUUACUGGAAUAAGGCAAAUUAUUUCAAGAAGUGGACCAAUUUUCCAGAGUGAACGCACAAGUGCUCAACUGGCUUCUGCCCUAACAUUUUUAAGACACAAAUAUACUUUGGAUUACUCACGUGUCCCCACACUACAAGAAGAAGACCUCGAAGAAGUAUUUGUCAGGGGUAGUGGACCUGGUGGCCAGGCUGUUAACAAGACAAAUAAUUGUGUUGUUCUCACCCAUAAACCAACAGGUUUAGUUGUAAAAGUUCAUCAUUCAAGACUGCAGAGUGAGAAUCGGAAGCUAGCCCGUGAUUUGCUGGUAGAGAAACUGGAUGCCCUCGUAAAUGGGGAACAUAGCUUGCAAGCGCAGCGGAAGUGUCUUCAACUGCAGAAGCAAAAGAAGGAAGAGCAACGUCGAAACAAACGAGAACUUCUAAAGAAACUUUGGCGUGAACGUGAAGGGUUGAAUUCAUAAGAGGGGUCACUUGAUGUACAAAGACAAUAGAUCAGUAAAUCAAUUGGUUUGCACUGAAGUGGGAGCAAAUAAGCAGCUAAUUUUAGUUCUUAUCAUUUGUAUUUUACUGAAAAACAGAUAAAUAAUUAAAAUUUUCAAAGGAUUGAACUGUAACACUAUCCUCAAGAAAAGUAUAUACAAAUUAAAAAAGUGAAUAGUCAUAA